GCCUGCUCUUUAGGCAUUCCUCCUCGUUCCCAGGCUGAUAAGAGCGAGAGAGAGAGAGACGGAGGCAGAAAGAGCGCGUCAGCUGUUCAAUGUUUUGGUUGUGUGCUGGUGGAGGGCACAGGUUUCGCUUGCUUCGCAGAUUCGUUCUUUGAACAGUUCCAUUUGGAACUCUCGCCUCCACGUAUCCACUUGCCACGAUCCUCAAUAGCGCGCGCGUGCUUUUCAGAGUGUUUCAGAGCGUUAUAUUCGAUGGAAAUAUUGCUGAAUAGCUGGAUCGGCGGCGUCGACGGCGGCAAUUGAGUUUCCAUUAUCGGCAAUUGCGGCGGUACGGAAGCGUUCUCGUUCUGACGUCUGACUUCUGCGCUACAGUGUCUCUGAGUCCGCCCACAGGCACCCCUUUCCGCGUGUGUGAAUGUGUGUGCACUAUAUUUUUGUUAUUAUUAUUGAGCUGAUGACGCGUUCGUUGGCAUAAGCGUUUCGCCAGAGAACGUGCGGAUAAACUAGCUGGUAGCUGGUAGCUGCUAUCUGGUAGCUACAUUAAUUAAAAGCAAACCAAAACCCAAUCAAGGUGCAAAUCAAACAACCAUACUGGCCCCGCCAUAGUAAACAAAUCAAUUACAAGUUCGAUUCGAUUCGAUUUAAUUUAAGAAGCCCGAUUUCAGUGUAUUAAUAAACGUGCUAAUAGCAACAGGCAGGCGAAAUAUUUAUAUGUUUUAGUCAUAGUUUUUUCGAAAUCAUUCAUUUGACCCGCGAACCCGUUUACAGAGUGAUGGAAAAUUCCCAGAGAGACACGGCCAGCGCCAAGAGUUAAUUGCCAUUGCCAUACCUGAGACUUUAAAAGAGCAUUAAAUGUGCCCCGUCACGAUCGCGAGAAAGCCCGCCAAACAAUUCGAAACAACGGAGUGCAGCCGGUGAAAAUGAUGCUUAACCAAAAGUACGAAAGCUAUCAACACACAAGCCAAAUGUUUCCUCAUCAAGACCAGCACCACCACCACCCGCAGCAGCAGCAGCAGCCGCACUUGCUGCAACAUCAGCAUCAGCAGCAUCCAACCCUGACCCAUAACUUUCCGCAUCUUCAGUAUGGAAAUGCGGCUGGUGCUUCCACGAGCGCCACAGAAUCCGCUGCGGCGGCGGAUCUGUUAAAGGCCGAACGGGAGUCGAUCCACUCCGGCCAGUUCAUGGUCUCGCACUUCGAGGCCGAGGAGGCGCAGGACGAUCUCGAGGACGAUGAGGAAGUGAAGAUGCUGGAUCCCGAGGAUCCGACGCUGGACAAGCCCGGCGAACCGGCCAACACCUGUCGCGACGUCCAGCUCUACGUUCCACAGACGGUCAGUCAGAUAAAUCGGAUGGAUCAGGAGUGCGAUGAGAGCAGCAUGAGCAUGAUUACUUCGCACCUGGAGAUCGAGACGUCGCUGACUAAGCUGUUCAAGUGCAUGAAUCUGGCGUACAGCCAAAAGCUCACAUCCCCCAAAUGGAAUCAUUUCAAAGGAGUGCGACUUCGUUGGAAGGACAAAAUCCGCCUCAACAAUGUCAUUUGGAGGUGUUGGCAUAUGCAGUUCAUCCAAAAGCGCAGAACUCCGGUGUGUCAAUUUGCCUCGCCGUUGGACGUUGACAUACACAGUAAUCCCCAAACAGUUGUGCUCGAGGGCAAGUAUUGGAAACGUCACUCGGCUGUAAUCAAAGCUGAGUACAGAAAAUGGCGCAAAAACUAUAGAUCAAAGGCAACCGGAUGCUUGACUUACGACUCGAAAAGCGAGUUGGACUUUCUGGAAUGGUCGCCCCUGAACGAUAGGAAUCUUAUGAUAGACGAAUGGACAACUGACACCCUGUUCUCUGCCAUAAAUGUUCCGUUUCCCUUUCCGGAUUCAAGAGAAAUCGCACGUGGCGCAAGCAUUGCGGAUUUCAUACAGCCAAGUCUGGGCCCCCUGCAACCGAAUUUAGAUGACAUUGACGUCUCUUUCUCAGACCUGAUACCUGCUACCCGAUUGCCGCCUGUUCCAGAGGAGGGCACCGAUGCGGAGAUGCUCAAGAACGACGACUACUGCCUGUCAGCCAUUGUGGGCGCCCCGCACACUCUCUACAGCAGUGACAGAAUGAUGGACGUGGUUAUCAGCAACAACAGCGGCGCCGGAGACAUCGACGCCAACAUGAUGGAGCUCAACACACCCAUCAACACCAUGGCCUAUAAUGAGAUCGAACAAAGGUUCUCUGUGGCGCGGCAGGAGCAGCAGGCCGCCAACGAGUCUCAGUUGUUGGGCGACUCGAGCUCGUUGCCAGGUCGGAUGCACGGCAGCAAGCACUUCGGAGCCAUCAAUGCGGGUGACAACACCAGCAACAGGUGCGUCAUCAACGGCCGGGUGGCGAAGAGCACACAGCGGCCAUUCCGGCGGGAGCCCCACAACUACGACAAGGCCCAGCCCACUCUACACCAGACGAACCUCUACCAGCAAAUGCUGGCCGAGCAGCAGAAGAACCAACAGCAGCAACAUCAGUCGCAGAUGGGCGGAGGCAUUGUGUUGCAGGCAGCUUCUUUCCAAACAUCUCAACAACAACAGCAGCAACAGCAACAGCAGCAAAUAAACCAGCAACAGCAACAUUUUCCCACUCAGCAGGCGAACGCUUUCGCCAACCAAAGUUUUCUAAGCGGCUACACGGACACUUACCAGCAACAACAACAGCAGCAGCAGCAACAGCCUCUCAACGUCAAAGUGGAGCCUCUGCAGAACGAUAUACUGUCGUUGCACAAUGACAGCGGGUACAACUCCAUCGGCUACAAACCCUAUCCGCAGUUCAAGAAAUCCGCCUCAACAGGAACGUUUCUCAACGUUCCUAGGUUGCCGCAACAGCAGCAACAAGGAUACUUGCAACAGGAGCCGCCUCAAAUGCAACAAUCGCUUCCCUUGGGCCUGACUACCCAGCAGCUGUUGCAGCUAUCACGCCAGCAGCAGACACCUCCCACCCAUCAGCAACAGCACCAAUCAGCAGUAGCAUGCCUGUUGCAGCAACAGCAUCAGCAGCAGCAACAACAACAGCAGCAACAGCAACAGCAGCAGCAGCAUCAUCAGACAUCUGUUAGUACAGCCACUUGGGUGUCCCCCAACACCAUCUUGCCCAAAGAAAUCCAUCGCUCGAACAGCUUGCCACUGAACGUAACUCUGAACAAGCCGACCGACGGCCGACAGCUCAUCCACGAACAACCUUUCGCCGUUCCCAAGUAUCAUGUUAAGGGAAAGUCAAGGGUGCGAAGCAACUCGAUGCACCAGCAGCACACCUCUGUGGUGGGAGCUGGCAGAGCGUGUGGGUCGUCCCUGAGCGCCCACAGUUGCAGUAACUUGCUGGUGGCAGAGCCAAUGCAGCCAGCCACCAGCGAUCCCAUGCUCAACAGCACUCUGGCCCAGUUGUUGACGUCGAAUUCACGUUUGCAGACAGCCGUAGCGAACAGUUCACCAUCUAAUUCAUCCACCGCUAAUGCCAUAGCCACCACUAGCACCACCAGCAACAUGUCCCCGGCUCUUUACGCUGCAAUAACAACGCCGCUAUCGGUGCCAGUGCCAACGCAACAACACUCACCAAAGAAGUCAGCCUCGCUACCCAUGGCCAUCAAUCCGGCGCUGAACAGUCCUCCCGGCGCAGCGAAAAUGCAGAGCUUCGGUCCAUCCAUUGGAAAUCUGGGCGGCAGUAGCCUCAGCCUAUCGCCGGAAUCGCCGUUCCACGAGUCACAGGACUCGCCACUUUCCCCGUCGGCCAGUCUCAAGUUCCAGCCGAGGGACACUCAGCGGCGGGCGGGCCACAUCCACGCCGAGCAGAAGCGACGUUAUAACAUUAAGAACGGCUUCGACACCCUACACGCUCUUAUUCCACAACUGCAGCUCAACCCGACCACCAAGCUGAGCAAGGCAGCGAUGCUGCAGAAGGGAGCGGACCACAUAAAGCAGCUGCGACAGGAGCGCAGUGUACUGAAGGAUAAGAUCGAGGCACUUCGAAUUGAGCGGGAUGACCUGAACAACUCCUUAACGCACCUCCACUCCAUUCUGCCGGCCAAUGGAGCGCCAGUUACGAGACAGGGAUCAGAGCAUGUGCGGCAGCUGUACGAAAUCUAUGUGCGGUACAACACAAUGAAUGACUGGAAGUUUUGGAUUUUGGGUCUCAUUUUGGAGCCACUGCUUGCCUCUUAUACUUCAACUGUUUCAAGUGCCAGUCUGGACGAACUCCGUCGGACAGCCUUCUUAUGGGUGGAUCAGCACUGUUCCCUCAUUGACCUGCGACCCGCUGUUACAAAUAAAUUGAAGUACCUAUCUAUGCACACAGACAUAGUGUCGGAGCCGCCUAGCACGUUGCAAGAAGAGGUUACCAAGGCCUUGCAGAACUCAAGUGGACAGCAUCCGAACCUACAUGGCUAACACUGUUGAUGCUCCUGUCCGUGAUAAGAAUUUAUUCAGUCUUUUUUUUAGAAAUAAAUGCUACAAAUUGUUUGGCUUA